AUGGGAGUCCGCCUACGGCUCCUUGCAGGUAUUGGUCUCCCCGGUCUUGGCUUCCUGGAAGAGUCUGCCGGCGGCGCAGGGAGCAGGCUGGGCUACGAGCGUGACGGCGAAGACGAGCGACGGACCAGCAGCUGCGGCUCGGGCGAUUUCGGCGGAGGAGAGGCGUCCGGGUUCCCCCCCCACCACUCUCGUCAGCCGGGGAGCGUCGGGAGCUUGGGGGCCGGCAGCGGCAGCGGGGGGGGGGGCGUCCCGGGGCCCGGGGGGGGCGGCCGGGGCCCCCGGGGCACCAUCGACGAGCUCUUGGACGAGAUCGGGCUGAUGAAGUACGUUGACGUUUUUCGCGAGGCAGAGGUCGAUCUUGCGACGUUGUGUAUCAUGUCGGAACAGGACUUCCGCGAGCUGGGAAUCCUCAAGGGGCCCCGCGUCAAGAUCAUGCACCACAUCGGCUCGCGCUAA